UUUAAAUGUACGUAUAUGUGUAGUAGAUACAUAAUAAUGUGUUAACUCUAACGCGUUUUUACUUUUAUUUUUUUGGUUCUUAAUUAAAAUUUUAUUUAUUUUUUCAGGACAAACAAAAAUAUUUUUUAAAGAUUUGUAAAAACUUUAAUUUUAUUUAAAAAAAUGGUAUCAGCUAGUGAAGCAGCAAAGGAAUACAGAGAAGCCCUUUCUGACCUGACAAAGAAUGACAAACUUCAGAUAAAUUUGCUUACGGAUUUGGCAAAUGACUAUGCUUUUUAUUCUAGUGAAAUUGUUGGAGUUAUUGAGGAAUCUCUCUACAAGUGUUCUGUUCCACUCAAAAUUGUUGUGUUAUACGUGAUUGAUUCAAUCGUAAAGAACAUUGAAAAAACUGGAGGUUAUCGUGAACUGUUUGCCAAGAAGAUUGUUGACAUGAUUGUUCAUGUAUUCAAGGAGGUGGACAUCUCUUGA